GGAUGUAAACAUGUUGAGGAUCAGCGCCUCCGGAGCCUCAAGCGGCCACUCGAUGAACUGCAGUUUCCCGCAUGUGUUCAAUGCUCAGACCCGAACAGUAGAGGGCGCCAGGCCCCUCCACUGGUUUAAACACAAAGAAGAAGAAGUCGUCGUAGUAGUAAUAGUAGUAAGUGAAGAAGAAGAAGAAGGAGAAGGAGACGUAGAAGUCAUCAUGGCGGGUCGCGAUCGGGUCGUUCACCUCCUCAGGCAGCUCGAGCGAGCAGCGUGCAGAUGUCCUGCUCACUCCAACACCUUCCACCACGGUGUAGCAGCGUCUCCAUGUACUGUCAGGAAGACGGACUACGCCUUCGAGAUGGCGAGUUCUAACAUCAGAUAUGGAGGCGGAGUCAGCAGAGAGAUCGGCAUGGACCUCCAGAACCUCGGGGCCCAGAACGUGUGUGUGAUGACGGACCAGAACUUGUCCGGUCUCCGUCCGAUGGAGGUGGUGUUGGAGUCUCUGGUGAAGAACAAAGUCCAGUUCAAGGUCUACGACAGCGUCCGGGUGGAGCCCACUGACUCCAGCUUUAAAGACGCCAUCUCAUUCGCCAAGUCCGACUCGUUUGAUGUGUUUGUGGCGGUGGGCGGCGGCUCUGUGAUUGACACAUGUAAAGCAGCCAAUCUGUACGCGUCCCACCCCGAGGCCGACUUCCUGGACUUCGUCAACGCUCCCAUAGGUCGAGGGAAGCCGGUGACGGGAGCCGUGAAGCCACUCAUCGCAGUGCCGACCACGGCGGGCACCGGCAGCGAGACCACUGGAGUCGCCAUCUUUGACUACGAGCCUCUCAAAGCCAAGACAGGCAUCGCCAGCAGAGCCAUCAGACCCACGCUGGGCAUCGUCGACCCGUUGCACACACUGAGCAUGCCCGAGAGAGUCGCCGCCAACAGCGGCUUUGACGUCCUCUGCCACGCCCUGGAGUCCUACACCGCCCUGCCCUACGACAAGAGAAGCCCCUGCCCUCCCAACCCCAUCAACCGCCCCGCGUACCAGGGCAGCAACCCCAUCAGUGACGUCUGGUCCCGCCACGCCCUCCAUGUGGUCGCCAAGUUCAUGAAACGAGCUGUGAGGGACCCUGAGGACCUGGAGGCCCGGUCCAGCAUGCACCUGGCCAGCGUCUUCGCAGGCAUCGGUUUUGGAAACGCUGGAGUUCAUCUGUGUCAUGGGAUGUCUUAUCCCAUCGCAGGGAACGUGAAGAGCCACUCAGCUCAGGGCUACAGCGUGGACCAUCCUCUGGUGCCUCACGGACUCUCCGUCGUCCUCACGUCUCCGGCCGUCUUCACCUUCACCGCCCCCAUGUGCCCAGAGCGCCACCUGGAGGCUGCAGAAAUCCUCGGUGCAGACAUCCGGCAGGUGAAGCGUGAGGACGCUGGAGUGGUUCUGGCCGACACGCUGCGUCACUUCCUGUUUGAGCUCCAGGUGGAGGACGGUCUGGAGGCCGUGGGCUACAGCAGAGACGACAUCCCAGCUCUGGUGAAGGGGACCAUCCCCCAGGAGCGAGUGACCAAGUUGUCUCCCAGAGAGCACAGUGAGGAGGACCUGAGCCGACUGUUCGAGGCCUCCAUGAAGCUCUACUGAAGAUGCUAACGGCUAAUAGUAGCUCCACCUGUGGCCACUAGAGGCUGCUGUUCCUGACUGAUUCAUUAUUAAUGAUGGGACGUGUUUAAUGUGGUUAAUGAUUUGAUGUGUUUAAUGUUUUUAAUGAUUUGAUGUGUUUAAUGUUUUUAAUGAUUUGAUGUGUUUAAUGUUUUUAAUGAUUUGAUGUGUUUAAUGUGUUUAAUGAUGUUUUUAAUGUUUUUAAUGAUUUGAUGUGUUUAAUGAUGUGUUUAAUGUUUUUAAUGAUUUGAUGUGUUAGUGAUUUGAUGUGUUAGUGAUUUGAUGUGUUUAAUGAUGUGUUUAAUGUCCUCAUGAAUGAACUAAUAAAGCUGGUGAGAACCUGG